AUGGAACACAUCCAGAAGGCCAAGAUUCCUCUGCGAUUGAAGAACGUCAAGGAUCCUUCCGGCGCUGGAACCAUCAUAUUCCCUUCCAAUCAUCUUGCCUCAGAUGUUUCCGCAGAACCCAACGAGAUUCCAAGUGCAGCUCGGUCAGGGAUAUCGACGCCCACAUCUUCCUUCCUCCUUGCCAACGGUUAUCAUGGCGAUAUGCAGCAGCGACGAAGGCCAACCGCAGUGACGGUCAAGGACUCCAUUCUUAUCAUCAACGUGCUCUGCCACCGAAACAACAAGUCUCAUGGGUUUCUCGCCGAGGUCUUUAGGCGACUAGAUCAGCACAAAGUAGUAGUUGAUCUGAUCACAACCACAGAAAAAUCGAUAAGUUUAGCAGUUUCAGCAGCAACGGAAGGGGCAAGGGAGAUCAAGAAUGCGACUUCCGAGAUUGAGAAGCUUGGGACUGUGUCUGUCACGACAGGAAUGUCGAUCAUCUCAGUCGUGGGUCACAAGAUGCGUAACACGGUGGGAAUAGCUGGGGAAAUAUUUUCAACGCUCGCUGGGGCAAAAAUCAACAUUUACCUCAUCAGCCAAGGAGCAAGCGAGAUCAACAUCUCCUUCGUUGUCAAAGAAAGUGACGCGUUGCUUGCCAUGAACGCGGUUCAUACAAAGGUUCUGCAAAUUCCAGCUCAUUCGGAGCAGGAGAACAGCUUCUCUAAAGGACCGUGGCUUUAUUGA